UGCGAGGCGCUCCGCAGCCGCCGAUCGUCGGGUCGCCGGCGCAGCGUCAGCCUAAAUCUCUAGGACUAACGGUCCCCGGCGGCGGCUUGUCUCUCCUUUUCCGGGGAGGUCUUCCGUCGUGGUUCACUCGUCGCCUUCUCGUGGUCGGAUGAUCAUCGACCGCGGGUUCACGUGAUCCGUAACGCGGCGGACUCCCGAGGUGUUUCGGAAAAUUCACGCCGACGUGUGCGCUCUCCGGUCUAUGUUUGUGUGGCACCGGUGGUCUGACGGGCACGGUCUUCAACCAUGCUACGCUGCUUCACGCUGCCGGCUUACCGCACUCUCAAGGAAGAGGAUGCCGACGUGCAGGGCCCCGUUCGUGUCGCCGUGGCCAUCGACCGCACAAGCGGCGGCCGAACUCUUGGCAAGAAGGGCGCCUCCUCGAUUCAGUCGAACGGCGCCGGCACCAAGUCUCCUCCCAAGUCUGGAGGACGUCGGAGGGGCGACCACCAGACUGGGCAGCAGCAGUCGUCCCAGCCCCUCAACAACCAACAGCCGCAGCAGCGCUCCUUGCUGAGCAGCGGCGUCGUCUCCGAGGGCGGCGUCCUGCGCAGAGCGAGGACGGGCGCCGGGGCCAGCGGGACGGCGCAGGGCCCGGGCGCGGGGCCCGCGCCUUCCUUUGUGCGGCACCUCGAGGCCAACCUGCGCCGCAAAGAGGACCCCGCGCUGCUGCUGCACCAGGGCUCCUCCUCCGCCGGCGAAGACGCGGCGCUGCUCGCCGCCGACGGCGCUGAGCGCUACACGCGCCUGCCUCAAGGGUGA